AUGAAACUUUUAUUGGAGCGUUGUCGCCAACAUUUUUGCACUGAAAAUCUAUACAAGGUGUUAAAAACGGAUCCGAAAAGUACAGCCAAAGAAGGUAUUGGUAUAGUAGGCUUUCAGUAUUUUAGUUGUAUUAGGUAUUGCAAAUUAUUUAAACAUUACACUUGUUUCGUUUAGUUCGUAAAGCGUAUUUGGAGUUGGCAUUAAAAUAUCAUCCAGACAAAGUCCCCGAAAAAGAAAGAAAGUUUGCGACGGAGAAAUUUAAAGUAAUCACUCAAGUGUACUCAAUUAUUAAUGACGAAGAGAAAAGGAAAAAUUAUGAUGCCAUUGGUAAGCUUUGUAUUAAACAAAUUUUUGUACUUAUACGUAAUUCCAAACAUGUAUAAUUUUCGAAUUAUAAAGUUAUAAAUCAACUGAAUAGAUUUAACAAAUUCUCUUAAUCUCCAUUUCAAUGCACAUUCAAUUCGUUCUUCAUAGCUUUCACCUAUCAUCUUAUUUAUUAUAUUAUACAGUAAUCAAACUGGUUUUGUAAUCUAAUGUCUUGUAUUUUUUUCUUUUUUCAAUAUUAACUGUUGUGACCUAAUGAUUUUACAAAGUUUCAAAAUAAAAUAUAUAUGUAUAUUUACCUUAAAUCAUUGAUUUCAUUGAUUUAAAUAAAUACAUAUUAAAUCCAUGCACCAUAAAUUGUAGAUAAUAUGAAAAAUAUUAAUUGCAUACACAAAUUGAUUAGUAUUGAUUAAAAUGGUGUCAGAUAAUAAAUUCGUUCUGAAAUCUAGUCCACCAGAGUUAAUAAAAUUAAAUAUAUAAUGAAAUAGGUCACAGAUCUCUCUGGAAAUGCAGAUGCCCACGCUGCAUCAUUCGUAGACACGCCUAUUUCCGAAAUAUCUAACAUUUAUUUAUUUAUUUAAGUUAAGGAGGGAACGGAAUGACAUUUAACUGCCUUAAGUCUACCAAAGGAUUCACCCUACUGCCACUAUGAUCAAUUGAAACGUUUUUUUUACGUGCUUAUGAAACUAACAUCUAGGUUCUAGAAAACCCUACAUAUUGAAGCCAUUUUUGUUACACGUGCCCAGAAAUUACAACACGCAUGGAUAAAAUACAAUUUUUGAUUGACUUUUAAUAAGUGUCCUGCUAAGGUUGUCGCAUAUAUUACAAACAGAGAUUUUUUAAUAAUAUAAUACGAAAUAAAAUAAUUAUAAUAUGACAUUCUAUACGAAUAGCUGACAUUUAAACAUUGUGUGUACCAUAAUCAUUCAGUUUACGUAAACAAUUAUACAUUUAACUUAUAAUAGUUUACAACAGUAGUUUUAAAAAUGUUUGUGAUUAAUUUUGUACAUAUUAUUCCAACAGUCGCCAGCCGUCAGCCAAGAAAAAAACCUUCCAUCUGGCGGGAAAGAGAACAACCUACCUGCUCGCAGCCAACAGAACAAACUAUCGAGGAAUUAGUAAAUAGAUUCGAAACCGACUUCGAACCAUUCGAUGACUAUCGAUCAACGUUCAUGGACCAAUUCAAAUACUUUGAUGAACAUACAAGAAAAAUGGAAGAGAUAAUGUGCCAAAUGCGCCAUAUCGGUAAUCUGUUACAUAGAUUUAAGGAUAUUAGGGCCGAAAUGUAUCAUCAUUCGAAACGUAAAAUUCCAAAAUAUUCUGAAGAUUAUUAA